AUGUACCCACUACCGCUGUCCCUCCUGCUAUUCUGCCAGCUCGCCCUCGCAACAGCGUCCCCCUCCCCCGCCAGAAUAUCCUCCGACUUCGCCAUGUCGCUCGUGCCUCGAAACACGCUAUUCUACCGGCAGAUGAAGGAUCUCCAGACAUUUGACUCCGCCCUCGGCGGCGUGCGCGCCUCGUCCAUAAUGAACAGCGGGAUCCCCGACCGCCCAUUCGCAGUCGAGGGGAACAAUUUCCCCAACUUCGCGACAGCCGCACAGAGGAGCUGCGACGAGCAGUUUCAGGGGUGUCAGGCGAUGGCGAACAGUCAGGGGAAUGGUGGGAGAGGUAAAGGCAAAGCGAAAGGGAGGGAUAGUGGCGGGGAGUUGACGGUCACCAUGUGCGACCAGCAGAAAGAGAAGUGUAAUCAGGCGCAGCAGACGGCGAAAGUGCAGGACUUUCAGACGGGUGUUGCGAGUACGAAUAUUGGGCCUGAUCCGCUGUUUCCGGAUUUUGAUUUGAUUUGUGAGGGGUGA